UAGUUUUUCCCAUAACCGUAGAAAAUCUCGAUGAAUUUAGAAAUUCAAUCAAUACUUGAGAGUGAACGAUUAUCGCUCACGUUUUCACGGAGCAAAUUUUCUUAUACUUAAUUGAUUGCUGUCAUGUAAAAAAGGCUGUUUGACGGUUUCAGGAAAGCUUAAAAAGCCAAGAAUUUCUUAAUUUUUCUCUUACGGUCUUACCUAACAUAAAUAAGGUUAACUGGGUGACCGAUCUCAUCUAUCAGGAUUCAGGAGCUGAAGGUGCGAAAUUUUUAUUUAGUCACUUCAGUGCAUUCCGAUUUAGCGUGUUCUCAGACCUCAAUCGUAUAUGCUGGUUUGAUGGGAACUACACCGAAUAGCGUCCCAGGAUUUGUAAACUGAAUCAAAAUCGAUCCGAAUUCAUUUGGUUUUGCCCUACAGCCUUCGCUGUGUUUACGUUCGUGUUGAAAGAAGUGCUGCAGUUGCAGUGAAUUGAUUACCCAUGGCUUUUGAACCGGACGAGAAGUUCGAUUUUUUAUUCAAAAUUGUCUUAAUCGGAGAUGCCGGAAUAGGCAAAACUUGCAUUGUACAACGAUUUAAGAGUGGAAACUAUGUGGAGCGGCAAGGCAGCACAAUUGGAGUGGAUUUUACCAUGAAAACUUUGGUGAUAGAUAAAAAGCGCAUUAAGCUCCAGAUUUGGGACACAGCUGGCCAGGAAAGAUUCCGAACGAUUACUCAGAGUUAUUACCGAUCUGCCAAUGGAGUGAUUAUCGCGUAUGAUAUCACAAAACGGGAUACAUUCCUUAACGUUAAUCAUUGGUGCGAAGAUGUGCUUCGCUACGCCGGAGCCGGAGUUUCGCAGAUUUUAGUUGGUUGUAAAUGUGAUAUGGAAACUAGCCGAGAAGUCCCGAAAACCGAAGCGGAAGCCUUGGCAGAUGCUCACAAUAUGUUGGCCUUUCUGGAAUGCAGUGCUAAAGACAAUACGAAUAUUGAUUCAGUAUUCGAAACUUUGGCCAAGGAUUUAAUGCAUAAGUUUGGAAGCACUGCUCUGGAUGAUAGCAGUCCAUCAGGGAAGAUCAACUUCGAUUACCGCAAUAAGCAGACUGAGGAGAAACAAAUGUUGGCGUUCGUUGGAUUCUUGCUCUUUCCACUGGCAGCCAUCGUUAUGUGGUCGUUUCCUGCUGUUAAACUGGCAUUGAGCACGGAAGACGACAAUGUCACGCUCACUCCGCUGCAACCUGCGCAAACUCACUGCAACCCUGGCGCACUCACGGAUACAUUCGGAUUUAUGAUACAGUUGGCGCUUGGCGGAAUUGCUUUCGCGUUUUUGAUCAUCAAGAGAUAUUGCGAAUCUAAGGAGACCAGAAGGGCUUGGUGGGUUUGGGCUUUCGAUACGUCUAAGCAGAUUAUUGCCUCGUUUGUUACCCAUUUCGGGAAUGUCUUCAUAUCCGAAUAUGCAAAAGGAGAUCCAUGCAGCUGGUAUUUUAUCAAUUUCCUUGUUGACUCGACCGCGGGGCUUGUGAUAAUUUUCUUCGGUCUCAGACUUGCUGCAUACUUGACAGUGCGCUUCGGAUUGACUCUUUUGCAGUCUGGUGAAUACGGUAAUAGUCGAAAACAGCGGAUUAAAGCUUUCGUUGGGCAGACUUUCGUAUACUGUGUCGUAUCCACGAUAGAGAAGGCUCUUACCGCAUCGUUUAUGGUUGCUAUUUGGAAGCCAAUGCAGUCGUUGGUCAUUUGGCCGCAUGUCAAUCCCAAAUUGGAAGUGGCAGUUGUGCUUCUUAUCGUGCCUUUUGUUGUCAACGUGAUUGUAUUUUGGAUCAUUGAUAAUUUAUUGAUGCGCAAGCGCAAAAAGCAGCUAGCCGAUUUGAGUGAAGAAGUGCUGGUUUCGAAUCCCAGAAACGAAGCUCCGCUGGAUUGGUCAGCAUCCUCACGAAGUGACUCGGUGGAUGAUUACGAGCCUCUUAUGCGAGCGUCUCGCGGUUUUGAUGCCGAUGGCGGAUCUACCUCCAGAAUGCAUUCUAUAACAUGAUGGCUUAUCCGUAUUAUCACAAAUCCGUCGUUUAGAAUAUAUGAUCUCGUGUUUUUGUAAAUGGAAAGUAUCUCUUCCCAAGUUCCCAUAUUACAUUUUAGCCACCAUUUAAAAUACUUGGGUGUAACUGUACUCGUGAGUCGUGUUCACAGAAUUGCGAAGAUCUGGUGCUCCGGUGUGGUUAUCAGUUUCUUUUGUUAUUGAAUGGUUUAUUUUACAAUUCCCUUCUCGACUCUUUCCAGAUAUCAGUUUUAUUUUUCUCGCUGUUUUGUGAAAGUGAUUUUUAUGCUUUUAUUGGAGCUGUAUAAAACAUUGUAUCUG